GUCGACCUUCUCCCACUUGUUCAAGCGAACCUCAACCAGACACCAGUGCCAUCGCUUGCAGACUUUUCACCCAUUGAAGUGUUCACGGGGCUCGAGUGUCCGUAUCCGCUCAAGAGCAUUGCCAAAAGCACACAAACACGCCGCAACAAACGUAGCCAGCGCAACGCCACGUCGGUCAACUUUCACAUUGGGGGUUUUGUACUCCCGUGGAGCACCAACUGA